GGGGCCCGCGGUGGCUGGGCGGUUGGGGAAGGCGUUGGCAGGAGGCACCGCGCCGCGGGUGACGCUUGUCCCUCACAGGUGGAGGUGGAGGUGUGGCCGUGGCGGUUACGAGGCCUGAGCGAGAAUGGAUUUGUUGACAUUCAACCAAUUUGCAGUGCUCCUCUGGAAAAAUUUUACCUUAAAGAGGAGGCAGUUCUUUACUUUAACAUUGGAAGUCUUAACAGCACUGGUGUUUCCGGUGAUGAUUUUGCUAUUCUGUACACAUAUUGCUAUAAAGGUUGUUGGACCUUACAAUUAUACUUCUCAGCCCGUCAAUAGUUUGCCUUCUUUCAUCAAAAAUCCUGAAGAGUAGGAAUUGAUUUAUGUGCCUUCUGACAUUGAUGUGGUACAGGAGAUCACUGAGAAUGUGAAGAGGUAUCUGAACAUCAAUGUAAAAGUUCGAGGGUUUGCUUCAGAAAUGGAGCUUGAGACGUACAUUAAGUAUGACUAUGGAUCGCGUAAAGUACUGGCUGCCAUCAUUUUUGACUGUAACUUCAAAAGCAGCAGUGACCCUCUGCCACUUCAGGUAAAAUAUCAUCUGCGUUUUGUUAAGAUACAGAGAUCUUUGAUGUGGCCAGACAGUCUGGGCUGGAUGACAUCCUUACUCUUUCCUAUUUAUCCCUCUGUAGGACCCAGGAACACAGAUUUUAAUGAUGGAGGAAGUCCUGGGUACAUCAGAGAAGGGUUCCUGGCUGUACAGCAUGCCUUAGAUAAGGCCAUCAUGCUAUAUCAUGAGAGCAGUGCUAGGCAGAAACUGUUCGAUGGUAUCAGUAUCUUUACACAGAGAUUUCCAUACCCAGCUUAUUCUCAUGAUGGAUUAAUUUGGAUCACUAGUUCCUUCCUCCCUUUGAUGUUCAUACUCAUGUUCUCUCCAACUGUACUUUCCAUCAUGCGAUCCAUUGUCUGGGAAAGGGAAAAAAGAUUGAAGGAGUACCAGCUUAUAAUUGGACUUAAAAACUGGAUCAUCUGGGCUGCCUAUUUCUUCACAUUCUUCUUUUUUUAUAUCAUUAUUAUCUCUAUGAUAUGUGUUUUAUUCUCUAUUUUUAGUGAGCCAAUCUUCCGCUUCAAUGACGGUAGUUUCAUCUUCGUCUUUCUUAUGUGUUAUGCCAUUGCUUCAAUAUUCUUUGCCUUUAUGGUUAGCACAUUCUUCAAUAAAGCCCAUUUAGCUGCUUCUGCUGGAAGUCUCCUAUAUUUUGCCAGUUUCUUUCCAUUUAAUACCAUUACUCAAUUCUACGGGCAGAUGACCCUCACCAAGAAGGUGGCUGCCUGUCUCAGCUCAAAUGUUGCAUUGGCACUGGGAAUUAGACGUCUGCUCAAGUUGGAAUUAAGACAAAUUGGUAUUAAAUGGGAUAACAUUUGGACACCAGUCAACCUUGAGGAUAAUCUCAUGUUUGGCUAUAUUCUGUUAAUGCUUUUACUUGAUGCUUUCUUGUAUGGCCUUGUGACCUGGUAUAUAGAAACUGUCUUUCCAGGGCGGUAUGGCGUGCCCCAACCAUGGUACUUUUUUCUUAUGCACUCAUACUGGUUUGGUGAACCAAAAAUUAGGGAAAAAGAAGAAAUGAAAAGCUGUGGGGAAACUCUAAACAAGUAUUUUGAGGCUGAACCUACUAGUUUGGUGGCAGAUAUCCAGAUCAAACAUUUGCACAAGGAAUUUGGUGACAAAGUAGUAGUAAACAACAUUCUGAAUUUAUAUAAGGGGCAAAUCACUAUUCUUCUAGGACAAAAUGGGGCAGGAAAAACUACAGCCUUGUCUCUUCUCAUAGGUAUGUAUUCAGCUCUGUUUAGAGCAGAAGUUUAUAUUCAUGGAUUUGACAUCUCAAAGAACGUAAUUGAGAUUCGAAAAAACUUGGGCUUCUGCCCACAACAUGACAUGUUGUUUAAUGACUUGACACUUUCAGAACACCUUUUUUUCUACUCUGUGGUGAGUCAGAAAUGUUUUAAAAUUAUACAGUUUGAACCUCUGAUUAAUGACCUGGAAAAUAAACAAAAAGAGCUGGGCAUUGCCAGCUUUGGUGUUUCAAUCACCACCAUGGAAGAAGUCUUCAUUAAGGUCAAUAACCUGGCAGAUUCCCAAAUGGAUAUUCAGGAUACCCACUCUCUUUCCUUGAAGGGCCAAAAAAUAAGACGAGACAUGAGGUGGAAUAUGAAUGUGCCCAGAUAUCAUGAGAGAGCUGUUUUUUCUAGAUUGAAUGAAAUUGCUACUAUUAAAUUUAAUACUGGGUUUUCACUCUACUGCCAGCAAUUUCAUUCCAUGUUUAUAAAGAGAGCACUAUUCACUUGGCGCAAUUGGAAGUUGAUGUUGCUACAGAUAUCAGUAAUUUUGGUUUUCACUUUGUAUCUUUUAAGAACUGCACACUCACAUCUUGACCUACCCAUGAGAGAACUGGACUUGAGUCAAUAUGGUCAAACAAUUGUGCCUUACUCAAUUUCAGGGAAUUCUGAUUUGGCUCUGAAUUUCAUAAAUAAUCUUAAGAUUUUUCUAAAACGUAAGAAUCAAGAACUUUGGGAAGUGCAAGGUAAGGUAACAAAACAUAUAAUGGAAAACAAAGAGUUUCAUGACUUCUCCAUUACUGCACUCUCCAUUGAGGUUGAGAAUAACAAAACAGUAUUUACUGUUUUGUUCAAUAAUGAGGCAUACCAUUCAGCGGCAACAUCACUGGCAGUGUUAGACAACGUUCUUUUUAUGUCACUUUCUGGCCCCAAUGCUUCCAUCAAAGUCUCCAACAAGCCUCAACCUCUCCCUCUUUAUGAUCAUAACAUAAUGCCUACAAAUGGAUUACAAAUAGUAGUAAAUUUGGCUUUUGGCAUGGCUGUUGUGGUCGGUAGCUUUUGCCUUCAGACAGUGACUGAGAGAACCACUAGGACAAAGCACAUCCAGUUUGUGAGUGGGGUCUCUGUACUUACUUACUGGCUGUCUGCUUUUCUGUGGGAUCUCAUCUACUUCUCCAUUCUCUGCUGCUUACUACUGGGAGUGUUCCAAUACUGCAGAUUGGAUGCAUUUGUUGCAGAUUACAACUUUCUGGACACAAUGAUGAUCUUUAUGCUGUAUGGUUGGUCUGCUGUACCUCUCAUGUAUCUUGGAAGCUUCCUGUUUUCUAGUAGUACUGCUGCCUACAUCAAGCUCACCCUCUUUAAUUACUUUUCAACUAUUUUCAGUAUCAGCAUUUACAUCAUAAGACAACAGUAUGGCCUUGAUUUUCCUCACUACACCAGAACCCUUAUAGAUAGUAUCUUAGUGAUGCUUCCUAGUUACAACUUUGCAAUGUGUAUCAGCAAAUUCUCUGAAAACUAUGAGGUGAAAAAGCUGUGUGCCAGACAAUUUCCAAGUAUAUCUGUGAACUGCAAUAAAACAUCUGUUGAGAACAGUGUCUAUAAUUUUGGAACACAUGGGAUUGCAAAAUUUUUUAUUGCAUUGGCUGUCUUGGGCUUAUUUUAUCUCCUUUUCCUUUUGUGUCUGGAGACUACAUCCUGGAGCCUGCAGAACUUUCUCUCUCAUAAAAUUUUAUCUAAUGUCCACAACCUACUCAUAAAAGGCAGGAAGUCUACAGUGUCCUGUCAAACCGUCAAGGAUUAUGAGGAUGAAGAUAUAAAAAAUGAAGAAAAUAGAGCCCUGACACUGCCUCCCAAGUUAAGGAAUACCCCACUUGUUCUGAAAGAACUUACAAAGGUUUAUUAUAAGUGUCCAGUUGUAAAGGCUGUAAGACAUAUCUCCCUUGUAGUCCAGAAAUCUGAGUGCUUUGGAUUACUUGGAUUAAAUGGAGCUGGGAAAACCACUACAUUCAAAAUAUUGACUGGAGAGGAUACCACAACAUCAGGAGCUGUGUUGAUUGAUGGCUUUAACAUUACCAAAAAUAUCAGAAAGAUUAGGUCAAGAAUUGGCUACUGUCCUCAAGAUGACCCCAUGCUCCACCACAUGACAGGUCAGGAAAUGCUGAUGAUGUAUGCCAGGCUUCGAGGGGUCCCUGAGCCAGACAUUUGCAAGUAUGUGGAAAACUUUUUGUAUGCAAUGCACCUGGAAACAAAUGCUGAUGAGUUUGUCCACAUAUACAGUGAAGGAAACAGAUGUAGACUAAAUACUGCUAUUGCCCUAAUGGGAAAGUCCUCAGUUGUCUUCCUGGAUGAGCCAUCUACUGGCUUAGACCCAGUAGCCAGGCGUCUGCUGUGGGACACAAUUACAUGGAUGUGUAGAAGAGACAAAGCUAUCGUUAUAACUUCUCACAGCAUGGAAGAAUGCGAGGCCUUCUGUACCAGACUGGCCAUUAUGGUAAAGGGGAGGUUCAAGUGCCUGGGCAGCCCUCAGCACCUCAAGAACAAGUUUGGUAAUGCAUACACUCUGACAGGAAAGAUUAAGUUUGGAAACAAUGAAGAUAAACUAGAGGAGUUCAAAGAAUUCAUGGCAGCAACUUUCCCAGGUAACAUCAUACACCAGGAACAUCAAGGAAUUAUUAGCUACUACAUUCCCAAAAAGGAAAUCUGCUGGGGAAAGGUGUUUAGUAUUUUGGAGGAAGCUAAAGUGCUAUUCAAUCUAGAAGACUAUUCUGUCAGUCAGAUAACACUGGAGCAAGUCUUCCUGACCAUUGUUAAUAUUGAUAAAACAGAAAAUAUUCAAGAAAUAAAAGUGCUAUGA